UCAGCGCUCCAGCGACACGACGCGCCCCAGACGACCCCGCCGACGCAGCCAGACCACCUAGCGGGCCCCAGCGGCGGCGGCGGCAAGAGCGGCUCCGGGUCCCGCGCCUCGGACCCCUCCCCACGGACGGGGCGGGCGGCGCCGAUAGGAGCCCGGAGGCCAUGGGGACCUGGGCCAGGCCAGCGAUCGCGGGCCAGCGGGAGCCCCGGGUCUGAGGAACGGGCGGUGGAGGCGGCAGGGCCAUGACCUCGGUGUGGAAGCGCUUGCAGCGCGUGGGCAAGCGGGCCGCCAAGUUCCAGUUUGUGGCCUGUUACCACGAGCUGGUGGUGGAGUGCACCAAGAAAUGGCAACCGGAUAAGCUGGUGGUAGUGUGGACCCGGCGGAACCGACGCAUCUGCUCCAAGGCCCACAGCUGGCAGCCGGGCAUCCAGAACCCAUACCGGGGCACCGUGGUGUGGAUGGUACCUGAGAAUGUGGACAUCUCUGUGACCCUAUACAGGGACCCACACGUGGACCAGUACGAGGCCAAAGAGUGGACGUUUGUUAUUGAGAAUGAGUCCAAGGGGCAGCGGAAGGUGCUGGCCACGGCCGAGGUGGACCUGGCCCGCCAUGCGGGGCCUGUGCCUGCCCAAGCCCCACUGCGGCUGCGGCUGAAGCCCAAGUCGGUGAAGGUGGUGCAGGCCGAGCUGAGCCUCACUCUCUCUGGGGUGCUGCUGCGGGAGGGCCGCGCCACGGACGAUGACAUGCAGAGUCUUGCGAGCCUCAUGAGCAUGAAGCCUAGUGACGUGGGCAACUUGGAAGACUUUGCUGAGAGUGAUGAGGAGGAGGCUAAUGGUCCAGGGGGCCCGGAGGCGCGGGCUCGUGUCCUCCAGCCAGAUACUUCUCGGGAGCUGAAGACACUCUGUGAGGAGGAGGAAGAGGGCCGAUCUCGGCCCCGGCAGGCAGCUGCCAGCCCUUCUAGCGCCGAGGAUACCAGCCCAGCCCCUGUGAGUGCCCCUGCGCCCCCAGCCAGGGCCUGCCGGGGCCAGGGGUCAGAACCAGCUCCUGUAGCAGGGGGCCAGGUGGGGCCCAAGGCCCCAAGGCCCCCCGGAACCCCACCAGAGACAAGGUCCUCAAGACAGCCAGGCCAGGACGCGGCCCCCAGCCCGGCCCCUCGGCUCCGGAAAGGCUCUGAUGCCCCCUGGCCCCCAGUCCCUCAAGGGGGAGAUGAGGCCCCCAGCGCCUCAGGGGCUCCCCCAGCAGGCGUGAAUUCUGCUGUGGAGACCCAGGCCUGGGCAAGCCCUCAGAAAGGGAUAGCGGCCCAGGGAACCGGGCUGGGCCCAGGCACUGAGGACAGAGAUUCCAGCAACUCUUUGGAAGGGCAGAAACCCAAGGUUGAGGAGGGGGGCACUGGCGACAGGCCAGAGGCUAGUGGGGUGGACACUGAACAUGGGUCAGGAGUCAGAGAGGUGAACAGUAGGAGGUCAGAGGUCAGAGCUGGGGAGGCUGAAGAGAGUUUAGAAGUUGGUCAGGUGGAUGCUGAGCAGAGGUCAAAGGUGAGACACGUGGACACUAAGGGACCAGAGGCUACAGGGGUGACAUCUGAGGCAAGAUUCAAGGGAACUCCUGAGGCUCCUCCAAGAGGCUCUCAGGGGAGGACAGGGGUCAGGACCAGGGAAGAGGCUCCCGCCAUCCUGAGCCCACCCCCAGCAGAGCCGGCAGGGCAAUCCAGGCAUCUCAGUGACCUCAAGGGGGCCAGGGCUGCUGCGGGCCAGGAGAGAGAGGGUGCAGAGGUGAGGGGUGGAGCCCCUGGUGUUGGGGGGACAGGCCUGGAGCAGGGCCCCUCUGCUGGAGCAGCAAGUGCCAGGCCCCAGGUGAGUCAGUACCAGGGGGCCCCACCAGCAGCUGACCGGGGGGUGAUGUCCAGGGAUAUGAGGGUCUGGGAAGUAGAAACUGGCGAUUUGAGGGUCCUGGGAACAAAAACUGGGGUGACAGAGUCAGAGUUAUUGGGGACCCGGGAGACAGAAGUGGUGGGUGGGUCAGGGUUCCCCGAGAUAGAGACUGAGACAGCAGAAGUGGAGAUAUUGGGGACCCAGGAGACAGAGGCAGUGAGAUCAGGGGUCCUGGAGUCAGAGGCUGCUGAGAUGGCAGAGUCUGAGGAACUAGGGACCCAGACAACAGAAGUAAGGGUUUUAGAGGCCCCAGGGGCAGAGGCCGGGAUGGCAGAGUGUGAGGUACUGGGGACCCAGGAAACAGAGGCUGUGGGUACAGGAGUUCUGGGGACGAAGACUAGGAUGUCAGAGAUUGAGAUACUAGGCAUCCAGGAGAUAUCUGGGGGUUCACGGGUACUGAAGAUAGAAGCUGAGAUAGCAGAAUCUGAAAUAUUGGGGGCCCAGGAGACAGAGGUGGGGUGUUCAGGGGUCUCAGAGAUAAAAUCUAAGAUAACAGGGAUGCAGGAGACAGAGUUAGGGGGUUCUGAGGUCCCAGGGAUCGAGACUGAGACAGCAGAAGCUGAGAUACUGGAGACCCAGGAGAUGGCAGCUGGGGGUUCACGGGUCCCAGGGAUGGAGACUGAGACACUGGGGACCCAGGAGACAGAGGUAGGGGGUUCAGGGGCCCCAGGGACAGAGACUGAGACAUUGGGGACCCAGGAGACAGAGGUAGGGGGUUCAGGGGCCCCAGGGACAGAGACUGAGACAUUGGGGACCCAGGAGACAGAGGUGGAAGAUUCACAGUUCUCAGGGCCAGAGGCUAGAAUGGCAAAGGCUCAGGGUCUGGGGACUCAACAGACAGAAACUACAGUUUUAGAGGCUGAGAAGGCAAAGGCUAAGACUUCUGGGGUCCAGAAGGCAGAGACUGGACUCUGGGAGACCCUCAAAUAUGAGGCUUUAGGGGCCCCAGUCAUAAAGCAUGGAAUUUUAGGGUCCCAGGGAGCAGAGGCAGAAACUACAGUUUUGAGGGGCCAGGAGGUGGAGGCUGGGAUUUUGGGGGUUUCAGAGGCCAUGUCUGGGGUUUGGGGGGCCGAGGAAGCAGAGAUGGAGGUUUCAGGGGCUUCAGAGAACCAAUCUGGUAUUUUUGAGGCCCAGGAAGCAGAGGCUGGGGUCUCAGGAACCGAGAAGGGAAAAGAAGCUGAGGGAAACCUCCCAGAGGCCAGCCUGAUGGAGGCGCAGGUGGCCAGUGGGGCAGGGGCUGGGGUGCCCAGGCCCUCGGGGGCCUCUUCCCCAGAGGAGCCUGAAGAGGACAGGAGGCUGCCGGGCAGCCAGGCACUACCCGCCCCGGUCAGCUUCAGUCAGUCCCUGCUGGAGUGGUGCCAGGAAGUCACCGCCGGCUACCGUGGCGUCCGCAUCACCAACUUCACAACAUCCUGGCGCAACGGCUUGGCCUUCUGUGCCAUCCUGCACCGAUUCUACCCGGACAAGAUCGACUUUGCCUCCCUGGACCCACUCAACAUCAAACAGAACAACAAGCAGGCCUUUGAUGGCUUCGCGGCCCUGGGCGUGUCGCGGCUUCUGGAGCCGGCGGACAUGGUGCUGCUGUCGGUGCCCGACAAGCUCAUCGUCAUGACGUACCUGUGCCAGAUCCGCGCCUUCUGCACGGGGCAGGAGCUGCAGCUGGUGCAGCUGGAGGGCGGCGGCGGCGCCGGCACGUACCGCGUGGCCAGCGCCCAGUCGAGCCCGCCCGAUGAACUGGACGCCAGCGGCCUGGCGCAGCGGCUGCGCGAGCACCGGGCCGAGGCGUCCCAGGAGCCCCAGGAAGCCGUGACCCGCGCGGACGGGACGGCCCCCGAGGCGGCCUCCAAGGACCGCGGGGCCGAGGCCGUCCAGGAGGCGCGCUCCGCAGAGGCCCCGGCCGACGGCCCCGGAGCCCGGGCGUCCGUGCCCCCGACAGAGGGGCUGGUGAACGGGAUGGAGGCGCCGGGCGCCGCGGGCGGCGUGAGGCUGCGGCGGCCGUCGGUCAACGCGGAGGCUGGGCCCGUGCCCCCGCCCCGAGCGCACGGCUCCUUCUCCCACGUGCGCGACGCUGACCUGCUGAAGAAGAGGCGCUCGCGGCUGCGGAACAGCAGCUCCUUCUCGGGGGACGACCCGGACGCGGGAGCUGCCGGAGCGGCGGCGGAAGUCGUGAGCCCUGACCCCAGCCCUGCCCCACAGCAGGCCCCUGGUGGAACUCCCCCAUCGGAGGAGCUACCCCCAAGCCCAGUGGAGGAGGCCGGGCUGCAACGGUUCCAGGACACAAGUCAGUAUGUGUGCGCAGAGCUACAGGCCCUGGAGCAGGAACAGAGGCAGAUAGAUGGGCGGGCGGCCGAGGUGGAGACGCAGCUGAGGAGCCUCAUGGAAUCAGGUGCCAACAGGCUGCAGGAGGAGGUACUGAUCCAGGAGUGGUUCACACUGGUCAACAAGAAGAACGCUCUCAUCCGGAGGCAGGACCAGCUGCAGCUGCUCAUCGAAGAGCAGGACUUGGAGCGGAGGUUCGAGCUGCUGAGCCGGGAGCUACGGGCCAUGUUGGCCAUUGAAGACUGGCUGAAAACGGCCGCGCAGCAGCACCGGGAGCAGCUCCUGCUGGAGGAGCUGGUGUCGCUGGUGAACCAGCGCGACGAGCUGGUCCGGAACCUGGACCAGAAGGAGCGGACCGCCCUGGAGGAGGACGAGCGCCUGGAGCGCGGCCUGGAGCAGCGGCGCCGCAAGCUGAGCCGGCAGCUGAGCCGGCGCGGACUCUGUGUGCUGAGUUGAGGCCGCGAGGGCCCAGACGUCUUCGCCCCUCCCGGUCCGUCCAGACCGCAGCUUUUCUCCCCGUCGCGCCCGGUCGCCGCUUUGGGCCUGCGCUCCGGAGGACCGGACCCUCCCAGAUGCCGCGCGUGGCCAGUAGGGGCCAUCGUCACCCUUUACCAGGAGGGGACGCGCGGCCCUUCAGGCCCCGACGGACAGGGGCGGCUGAGCGGCCGCGCCGCCCGGGCGUAUUUAUUAGUCCGUGUGAGUGUGUGUGCGUGUGUUCGUGGUGGGCUGGGGGGUCCCAGGCGCGCCCCCCAGAACCCCUCCCCGAGGGCAGGACCCGGCCGGCCAGCCCCGAGGGAGAGGGACGGCUCGUGAACUGCCGCGCCCGCGCCCUCCCCCCUCUUCCUGUUCCUCGCGAGCAAUAAAGUUAGAAAAGUCCAA